AAAAGGGAAAGGGGAAAAUGCUGAAACAUUACAGGGACUGCAACCAAUAAUACAAAACAAUUUGUGCAUAAAUUUUUGAAUAAGAAACGAAUUUGUGCUGUAAACUUUCAUCUAAAACAAAAUUUUAAAAAUAAAUAAUUUUUAAAUGUAAAUAAAUGUGCCCAGUCUGAGGAAUCCCUAGCUGUCCCAACACUGAAGACGAAAGUGUUAUUUAAAAUGGUUCUCAUGUCAGAGCGGCACCAGGGCCCAGAAGGUGGUUUGCAUGCGAUAGGAGACAUGACGGGAGGGGCUGGAGGACACAGAGGUCAGAGAGGGACUGCCUGAGUUAGGGCAAGAACUUAGCCACGAGUUACCAAUUAACUGGGCUCAACUGGUUUUCUUUAAAUAAAUGAAAAACUACAACCUACAGGGAGGUUGGCAUGGCUUCCCGUGGGCCCUGCAGUGCUGGGCGAAGUGGAGAGGCCCCGCCCUGCCCCCGAGUGCCAGGGGCCCUCCGUCGCCACAUUCAGUCUGUGCUUGGUGGGGACGGGAGGCAUGGCCUGCACCAUGGGACCAGAGCCCUUUGCAGAGGACAGCAGUGACGAGAGGCCCAAGUGGGACAACAAGUUCCAGUACCUGCUGAGCUGCAUUGGGUUUGCUGUGGGACUGGGGAACAUAUGGAGGUUCCCAUAUCUGUGCCAGACCUACGGAGGAGGUGCCUUUCUCAUCCCCUACUUCAUUGCCCUGGUCUUCGAGGGGAUCCCGCUUUUCCACAUUGAGAUUGCCAUCGGCCAGCGCCUGCGCAGGGGCAGUGUCGGGGUGUGGAAGGCCAUCUCCCCCUACCUCGGAGGAGUAGGGCUGGGCUGCUUCACCGUGUCCUUCCUGGUCAGCCUGUACUACAACACCAUCCUGGUGUGGGUGCUCUGGUACUUCCUCAACUCCUUCCAGGACCCACUGCCGUGGAGCACCUGUCCCCUGGACCUCAACAGAACAGGGUUCGUGGAGGAAUGCCAGAGCAGCAGUGCUGUGAGCUACUUCUGGUACCGGCAGACACUGAACACCACAGCAGACAUCAACGACAGCGGCUUUGUGCAGUGGAGGCUGCUCCUCUGCCUGGCUGCCUGCUGGGUGAUUGUGUACCUGUGUGUCAUCAGAGGUAUUGAGUCCACAGGCAAGGUAGUUUAUUUCACAGCCCUGUUCCCUUACCUGGUCCUGACGGUCUUCCUUAUCCGAGGAUCUACCCUGCCCGGGGCGACAGAAGGACUGAUCUAUUUGUUCACCCCCAAUAUACGGGUGCUCCAGAACCCGCGGGUGUGGCUUGACGCAGCCACCCAGAUAUUCUUCUCUCUGUCCCUAGCCUUUGGAGGACACAUCGCAUUUGCAAGUUACAAUCCGCCCAGGAAUGACUGCGAGAAGGACGCCGUGACCAUUGCCCUGGUGAACAGCAUGACCUCCCUCUAUGCUUCCAUUGCCGUCUUCUCUGUUGUGGGUUUCAAGGCAACCAAUGACUAUGGGCACUGCCAAGACAGGAACAUCCUCAGCCUCAUCAACACCUUUGACCUCCCAGACCAGAGUGUCUCCAGGGACGACUACCCAGCCGUGCUCGCGCACCUGAAUGCCACCCAGCCGGCGCGGGUAGCCCAGCUCCACCUGAGGAGCUGCCGCCUGGAGGACUUCCUGGACAAGAGCGCCUCAGGCACGGGCCUGGCCUUCAUCGUCUUCACAGAGGCCAUCAUCCACAUGCCAGGGGCUCCAGUGUGGGCCGUGCUCUUCUUUGGGAUGCUGUUCUCCUUGGGCCUGUCAACCAUGCUUGGGAUCAUGGAGGGGAUCAUCACACCACUCCUGGACCUGGGGGUCGUGCCCAGAUCAGUCCCUAAGGAGGCCCUCACUGGGGUGGCCUGCCUGGUCUGCUUUGUCUCGGCGCUCUGCUUCUCACUGCAGUCCGGGAACUACUGGCUGGAGAUCUUCGACAACUACGCCGCCUCCCUGAACCUGAUCAUCUUUGCCUUCUUCGAGGUCAUUGGGGUCGUGUAUGUUUAUGGGAUGAAACGAUUCUGUGAUGACGUGGAGUGGAUGACCGGGAGGCGGCCGGGCCUUUACUGGCAGGUGACGUGGAAGCUCAUCGGCCCAUUGAUGCUGCUGUUCAUCUUUGUGGCCUACAUCGUGAUCCUGGCCCAGAAGCCGCCAAGCUACAGGGCCUGGAACCCCCAAUACGAACACUUCCCCUCCCACCAGGAGAAGCUCUAUCCAGGCUGGGUGCAGGCCACCUGCAUGCUCCUGUCCUUCCUGCCCUCCUUGUGGGUCCCCGCUGUCGCGCUGGCCCAGCUCCUCACCCGGCGACGAAGACAAAAGCAGCAGGGUGUUCGCCCACAGCUGCAGGAUGGCCAUGCCUGCUGAGGGGCAGGGGGCCCCAAUCCUGCGUGCUGCUCACUCACAAAACACCCCCACAUUACACGCUGGCUGCCACCCGAGGCCUGUGUGGUUGUUGCUUCCCCAACACGCUUGUGCCUUCU